AUGUUGAAAACAUCAUUUCGUUCAAUUUCCACCUCAAUCGCAGCUCGAUCAUUAAUCGAAAGGGAACUCUACCAGGGGAAUUCUGUGGUUCGGCUAAUUCUCAACGAUAAAAAAGUAAAUUCCCUAUCACUGGCGAUGAUUAAAGAACUUUACUCUGAGCUGAAAGCAAUUCAUAACAUUGAAAAGGUUCGAUCUGUGAUUCUGGCUCAUAAUGGAAAAGCGUUCUCAGCAGGACAUGAACUAGACGAACUGAAAAGUGAGAAAGGGAAAGAGUUGCAUAACGAGAUUUUCGACACCUGUGGUGACAUGAUGAAUUUCAUGCGAUUCAUGAGCGUUCCAAUAAUUGCUGAGGUCACUGGAAUGGCCGCCGCAGCAGGAUGCCAGCUCGUUGCUUCCUGUGACAUCGUAGUUGCCGGAAAAUCAUCAAUGUUCAUGGUUCCAGGACAAAAACUUGGGCUCUUCUGCUCGACACCAGGAGUUGCUCUAGCUCGUAACAUUCCGAAUAAAGUUGCUAUGGAUAUGCUCCUCACAGCACAACCAAUCGAUGCUGAAGCGGCUCUUCGUGCUGGCCUUAUUUCUCGUCUCGUCGACGACGACCAAGUAAAGUACGAAGCCUUAAAAGUAGCUGAACAGAUCGGACAGUUCAGUAGAUCUGUUACAGCAUUGGGAAAAGCGUUUUUCUACACACAGACUGAACUGAAUACAACUGAUGCCUACAGACACGCGUCCAAGGUGAUGGUUGGAAACCUGAAGCUGAAAGACUGCCAAGAAGGAAUCUCGGCAUUCCUUGAGAAGCGCACUCCUGAAUUCUCAGGCACCAAUGAUCUAACCGACAAAAAGGAAUGA